AAUUAUAUAAGAGUUGUCGUUCGUUGUUUACGACGAUAACGAUUGCUGGACAUGUGGGUCGAUGAUCAAUGUAUACAGUAACUUAAAGAGCUAAGUUAACGGAGAGUUUGUACCUAAAGACUAAAGACUUCAUUAACAGAACUGGGCUAAUUGUGUGUUAGUUAAUGAACCCAUGGUUUAGCUGAUAACAUAAUCCUAGCCAAAGACUGUUUUUUCAGUAAUGUCCUCUAAGAACCAUAUAACAUUUUCUUCAGGGUGUCUCUCGAUCUGCACGAUUUCUUCCAAAUACCUCCAUACAUUCCUAGAAAUGAGCAAUCCACUGAAUUGAGGUUUGUUGUCAUAUAAUCCAAAAGACGUAGCUAUGGGUGACUGGCGGCCAUUUGUUUAUGGAGGGCUGGCUUCCAUAACAGCAGAGAUAGGUACUUUUCCCAUUGACACAACAAAGACUCGGCUUCAGAUACAGGGCCAGAGAAUUGAUGCUCGUCUGUCUGAGCUACGAUACAGGGGGAUGACCCAUGCCAUGUUGAGAAUAUUUCGGGAGGAGGGACUCGCAGCUCUGUAUUCUGGAAUAUCUCCAGCUAUACUGAGACAGGCUACAUAUGGUACCAUCAAAAUAGGAGUUUAUCAGACAUUGAAAUCCAUGAUAGUAGAAAACCCACAAGAGUCCACACUGUUUAUCAAUGUAUGCUGUGGCGUAGUCGCAGGAAUCGUGUCGAGUUCACUGGCUAAUCCCACAGAUGUUCUCAAGGUGCGGUUGCAAGCAAUGACUGAGAUAAAAAACAAAGAAGCCAUGACUCAAGCGUUUAAAAGAAUAUACAUGGAGGAGGGCAUUAAAGGAUUGUGGAGGGGAGUGGUUCCCACAGCCCAGAGGGCAGCUAUUAUUGCAGGAGUGGAACUUCCUGUGUAUGACUUCUCCAAGUACUGGAUACUGAAAUCUGGAUAUCUAGAGGAUAAUAUAGGAACACACUUCAUAUCUAGCUUUUUUGCCGGACUGGCAGGUGCAAUUUUUUCAACUCCAGUUGAUGUUAUUAAGACAAGAAUGAUGAACCAAAGAAAUUUGAUAGAGAAAUCUCCAGCUUCCCAGAUCUACUCUUCCUCCAUGGAUUGUGCAUUACGGACGAUUAAAACUGAGGGAAUUCUGGCUCUAUACAAGGGGUUCAUUCCUAUCUGGGUGAGACUAGGACCCUGGAAUAUCAUUUUCUUUAUGACUUAUGAACAACUGAAGAAGGUGAAAUGAAGAGGGUAAAAACGGGUGAUUCACACCGCCUGAGGAAGGGGAAGUGAAGAGGGAAGAGGGUGAAAUAUGACAAUUCACAGCGGGUGAUGGAUGACGAGAACAGCUGAAGAGAGUGAAAAAUAAGACAAUUCAGACGAUAUAGGUGGUGGAUCCAGAAAAAUAACGUAGAAGAGGUCAUACCCCCCCCCCCCAAAA